AGACACGGUUGCAGUGGCUUCACCUCCUCCAUGGAUGCCUGAAGAAAGGUGACGAAGAGAUAUCUGCUGACCUAAUACAGCUUUAUUCUUUUCCCAGCUUUGAACGGUUAUGGAACCAAGGGAGAAAGGGUGUCACAGAAGCACAGAAGAGGCACGGAGAAGAAAUUAAAGAAGGAGAAGAAGCAAAGAAGUUACUCCAAGGAAGAAUUACAGACUUAGAGCAGGAACUCAACGAGUUCCGUACAAGUCGCACAAGCAUAGUCAGUGAAAAUGGAAGACUACAAGAUACCAUGAAGGUUGAACAAGAAAGGCAUGAACAUAGUGAAAGGGCAAUGAUGGAAAACGAGAAAAAAGCAAAACAGAUAAUGGAGACGUACAAGCAGAGGGAGAUGGAAUUUAAAAAGAAACUACAAUCAAAGGAUCUGCGUAUCGAAACAAUGGCUGAAAAUGUACAGAGGACAGAAGAGAAGGCAAGACGUCAGGUUGAGCAACUUAAGCGUGAGACCUGGAAGCUGAGAACCAAAAUUCAACUAGAAAGUGAGAUACGAUCGGCAGAGCAGAAGAAGAAAGCAGAGAUACAUCAAUGGAGUUUCAUUCCCUGGAUGGCUUCUGGAAAACAAGCUCCGAGUGGUAAGACUUUAUUUUCCAAUCUCAAUUUCCUUUAAAAGUUUUUUUUUUUUUAAUUGUACUUAAAGUCAAAUCCAUUUUCUUGCUUAUUUUUGAAAUAUGUAUAAGGUGAAGCUUAUCAAAUCCAAUAUGGUCUUUAAAGCUCCCUUCCCCAUUUUUGCUAUACUUUGAAAUUACUUAGAAUACCAAUACAGUGAACGAUAGAGAACAUUCUAAAUUUGUAUCUUAAUUUUUAUCCCCUUCUCAUUCAAACUGACUUCAUUCCUUCAUGACAGGCACAGCAUCAUAUGAGGAUAAUUCAACCGGAGGACUGGGAAGGAGUGAUACAUUACAAGCAGGAGAGGAGCCCCCAGAUGAUGAGUUUGCAGACAUCUUAACGAAGAUAGCUGACGAUCUUUACGAUGAAGCAAAGAUCGACAGCCUUGCUGGUCAGCUGGGAAUCCUACAUGGUGAUAUACAGAGAGCGCUCAUGACCAAUGUGAAGUUCAACCGUGUUACCAGUGAUGGAACUCGUCAUAUGCUGAAACAAUGGAGAGAAGGUGUGUCCAGGGAAGAUGAACGGAUUGAGCUAACGAAGGCACUGCACGCUGCCAAGUUGGUCAACCUUGCAGACCUGUAUCUCAGCGAAGGUGUAGUAGAAGAACAGAUCGAUGCUGAAUAUGAUAAAGAAGAAGUCAAUGAUGAGCAGCUCUUUGCUAGAGAUGAGGCCUCUCUAGAAGAGGAACAGACCAAAGGACAGACCGACACCCAGAUACUUCAGGACGCUACAGCAAGCAAUGACCACACUCCUCGAGAUGGGCAAACGGGAGACAUGGCUUCCAAAACCCAGGAUCACUUGACAGAUAGAAGUAGGAGUCAACAUCCUGACAAAUCACCGGUGUGCAGUACACAGAACUUGGAUGCAUCCGAAGUGACUUCUGGAGACGUGUCCUCUGGAGAAGUUCAUGCUGGUGAUGAUAUGACCAAUGUAAGUAGCAUUCAACCUGCUGACCAAUCGUCCGUACAUGAAAUGCAAGUCCUACCUGAAGAUACAUGUAUGUCUGAGAUAGCCCCUCUGGUAUCUUCUGGUGGAAAACCCGACGAGGAAUCCAACAUCUUGGAAGAAGAAGAUCUGAUUUCUCAACUCGUUCUUAUUGAUCCAUUCCCGGAGAAAAUAAUGCUCCUUUUCAUCCUAAAGAUAAUAAUGGAUGUUCCCCAGAGAGUACUCAGUUUAUAAAUCACCAGAGAAUCUUCAUCAAGCCAAGUGUACUAACAAAAAUCUAAGCUUGUGACGUUCCAGGUUCACUCCUGGAUGCUUCAUCGGGCCGACCGGUCUCUAAUGCCAUAUGAUUCUGGACGUGAUGCGUUGUAAG